AUUUUGUGUUCUUGCUUCAAUUUUGUCUUGAAUUGAAGCAGGCGAUAUGGGAAGAGCUCCUUGCUGUGACAAAACCAAAGUUAAGAGAGGGCCAUGGUCCCCUGAAGAAGACACCACUCUCAAGUCCUAUGUUCAGAAACAUGGCACUGGUGGCAACUGGAUUGCUCUCCCCCAAAAAGCUGGCCUAAAGCGUUGCGGCAAGAGUUGCCGCCUGAGAUGGCUCAAUUAUCUCAGACCAGACAUCAAGCACGGCGGUUUUACACACGAAGAAGAUCAAAUCAUCCUCACACUCUACACCAACAUAGGAAGCAGGUGGUCUGUCAUAGCAUCGCAUCUCCCAGGUAGAACCGACAAUGAUGUCAAGAACUACUGGAACACCAAGCUGAAGAAGAAACUCGCCGCCGCCACAAACAAUAAUCCCGACGUUUUCCCCCAAACUGUCGCCACCAAUUUCAAUAACCCGACAACCUAUUACGGCGUCCAAGAAAUGGUCGGAUCGUCGCAAUCGCUUCACUUCCCCCUGCCAAACCUCAUGGAAGUUCAAGAAAACUGCACUGCAAAUAAUGUCUCGUCUUAUAAUCCAGAAGUUUCGGCAGGCUAUUCAACUUCAUUUGCUUAUAAUAAUAAUAAUGAGAAGAGGUUUGGGACAUCAUGGUUGGGCAAUGGAGGAAUUGAGGAAGAUGUUUUCCGCAUGGAUAUGAUGAUGAGCUCUUCUACUAGCCUGCUAUCGUCAUCCUCAUCACCUUCCUCCUCGCCAUCUUGCUUUGAUCAUCUUAUGAUGAAUUAUGGGUUUGAUUUUCAAGACAACUUUACACCACCCAACAUCCUUCAUAAUAAUUUCAGUACUAAUCACCCUUCCAAUGGCUUUGAUCAAUAUUAGCAAUUUGGUACAUCUCAUCUGUACGGAGGAGGAGGAGUAACACUCUUGGAAAAACUAUCUGAUCUGAUGAAUGGGUCCCACUUAGACUCAGGGGCUCAGGGCUAAAGAAUAGUUUAUGCUAUACAUAAUCUUUGUGACGUUUAGGAAAUUACUAGUAUUUUUAUUAGGUUUAUAAGUUUAUAUUAUUGAUGGGUUUUAGAUAGAAAAUUAUGGUCAAUGCACUUAAUUAUGUAAUAUGUAUGUACAUAUAUAUGUUUCUAAUUGAUGACAUGAUGGCUUACUUAAAUGUUGGAUUUGGAUUCAACGCCAAA